ACAAUCUCUCCCACUCGCUGGAUUGUUCCUUCUUCUUCUGUGUUUCCUCGCUAAUGGCUGCAGCUGCAACCUUAUCAUCAUCGUCUUCGUCGCCACAUUUCAUCAACGCCUCACACAGAAUUGUCUCUGCAACACCUUUCUCUAUCGACUCUAUUUUUCUCCGCCGUCGAAUCCGCCGCCUGAAACGCCCAUCCGCUUCGUACCGGAGCUCUCAGUCGCGUAGGCGAUACGAAUCUGACGAUCGAUUAUUCGGCGGUUACGAGUACGAUGAUGAUGACGAUGACGACGAGGAAGAUGAGAGGGAAAGCAGCAUCGAUCUUCUAAUCAGAUUCUUAAGAAGCAUGUUCAAGAAGGUCUCGAAACGAGCUAAAAAGGCCUCACGCCGGAUUUUGCCAGCCGCCAUGUCUCCUCGACUCGUGUCUUUUGCAGUAGAUGGGAUAUUGCUAUUGGGGUCACUUUCCAUAACAAGAGCGUUUCUUGAGGUAAUAUGCAAUCUUGGAGGAACCGUGUUUACUGUGAUUCUGUUGAUACGGUUGUUCUGGGCGGCAGCUUCAUUCUUCCAGAGUUAUGGGAACUAUUUUGGACCAAACCCGUUGACUUAAAACUUAUUGUUACUACUCUUCCAUUAUGGGUUUCAGAUGUUGGUAAUUAUUCAUGAAAACGAAAAUGUUAGAUAAAUUGUGUACAUGUCGCUGUGAAAUUUUAAAAUUAUCACUAGAUUAAAGAGUGUUUUCUGUGAUUCACAGAUAAA